AUGAAAGAUCAAACUGGUUUAACUACUUUAACAAUUCUUCACGUUGAUGGCGAAGAUUUUCAAAAAAAAUUUCAGUCAGUUGAGUUCGUUUACGUGCGUGAUUCUUCUUUCAAGUCGCUUUACAUUCAACGAUUUUUAGUCACUUUUCAAUCAGCAGUCAUGACAUCAACUGCCACAAUUGUCGAUCCCCUGAGUCACUGCACCACUGAUGCUAAGAUUUAUCGUGACGCAGACGGUGUGCGCUGGACCUUCAUGCUAAAUUUGACCGAUAUCUCUUACGGCACUUACGGGUAUGUAUGUCAAGCAGUGCAGUCGUUUUAUCAAAGUCUGACGGACGAUUUUUUCUCUGCUGCAAGCAACAACAAAUAUUAUCUAGGACAACUUAUCUUUGACCGCGGAAACUACAUAGUUUUCCGCAAAUGGGGCCGUGUGGGUGUCGCGAGUCCACAGUCACAAGCGAAUUUUUAUGCAACUGCAGAGCUCGCUGAAAGAGCAUUUCAAAAGGUUUUUCGGUCCAAGAGUGGUAAUAAUUGGCCAGUGAUGCAGCCCUUUGUUCGCAAGAAAGGCAAAUAUUACCUAGUUGAACUGGACGACAACGAGGCGAGUGUACCAUCAGCUAAUACAAAGUUGGAGGAGAAAUAUGUUGUGACGUCCAAACUUCCUCAAGAAGUACAAAAUAUCGUUAAGCUUAUCUGUGAUCCAGAGGUAGUAACACGAGAAAUGGUGAGCCUGAAUGUGGAUUUGAAGCGUUUUCCACUCGGGAAGCUAUCAAAAGCACAGAUUACACAGGGCUAUGAAAUUUUGCAGCGUCUGUCGGCUGCUCUUGAAGAUAUUGAGCAGUUGUCGACCGCUAAAGCAACACCUAAGACGACAAAAGCUCGGGCUAAGAGUCGACGAAAGGCAAAGGCAAAAGCGAAAGGCCCAACCGCAGCUACCAGCAGAAGCCUGUCAUCGCUUCGUGCUAGUCUUAAUACACUAUCAAGUGAGUUCUACUCGCUUAUUCCACACGAUUUUGGACGUUCCCUGCCUCCAGUGAUCGAUUCAAUGGACGAUCUAAAAUCAAAAUUGGAACUGCUCGAAGUUCUAUCAAAUUUGGAAAUUUCACAAAUGCUACAGAAACAAGAGGCUGAGAAACCAAGUGAACCUGCUAUUCAUCCUUUUGAUAUUCACUACAAGAUGCUGAACACACAUAUGGAGCCCUUGAGUGACAGUCAAAAGGAGUAUAAGAUCAUUCAAAAAUUUAUUCAGAAUACAGGUAAUGGUAGCCAAUUCACCAUCGAUUCUGUUCUCAAAAUAUCUCGGCCUGAUGAAGACUCUCACAAAGAGAUCCUCGAAUCUCUUGAUAAUCAUAUGUUGCUAUGGCACGGUUCUCGUUUGUCAAAUUUCGUCGGCAUUUUAUCGCAAGGUCUUCGCAUAGCUCCACCUGAAGCCCCAAAGAAUGGAUAUCAAUUCGGCAAAGGAUUGUACUUCGCUGAUGCUUUGGCAAAAUCAGCAAAUUAUUGCUGCGCGACAUCAAAGGCGAUACUUCUGCUUGCUGACGUCGCAUUAGGAAAAUCGUACAAGACGCCAAACGGUGAGUUUCUGGACUACACAAUGGUUAAAACCCAGCGAGGAUGCGACAGCACACAUGGACUUGGACGCAUGGCACCAGCCGAAAACGAGUUUGAGACGCUUCCUGAUGGUGUGCUUGUGCCAGCAGGAACUCUCAAACCAGUAAGCGGCAAUCAGCAUUUACUCUACAACGAAUUUAUUGUGUAUCGCCGCGAGCAGGUUCAGCUGCGCUAUCUCGUGGCCCUAAACUUAAGCAAUGUCGCGUGCGCCAGCCAGCGAACGAGAGUCCACUGGGGCUUUGCUUCAUUCAUGUGCGAAAGACUUCGAUUUGACCAUUUCUUUGUAUCAGACUUUUUGCAUGAUUACCACAGAAUCUCACAACUUCUACUGCAGUAUCGCGACGUGUCUUAA